UCAAAGUGCGCAUUGCUCCUGUCCCACACGAGUGUAUGGCUCUGAGGGCGCUGUGCUGAGGGGAAGAGCCCAAGAGUUUGUCCACCGGCCACUGUGAACGGGAAAAGUGAACGGCAGCUACGUCUCCGCGCUCUCUGUCGGACGGACUCAUAUCGUGCGCUUUACUUUUCCCCUCUCUCUCCCUCUCCCUCACUCUCUCCCUCUCUCUCUCUCAGGUCGAAACUAACUACGACACAAGUGCCAGCUUUUGCAACAGGGGGUUUUAAGGAUAUCAUCGUCCCAAAGCAUGCCGAACCCUCCUCGCUGCUCGUAAACCGGACUCCGUUUUGCUUCGUGCCGCCGCAUGCCUGCAAUGCUCGCGGUGGAUGCGAACGCGCGACGCGGCUCAAUCAGGGACGGCGAAUAAUGAAUCACACGCGAGUUUUGUAAAGCAUCCGGACGACUUUUUGCAUCUCUCUUCAUUUCCCACGAACCGCAAGAUGAAAUGAUCGCUUUUUUCCGGCGGCUCAUCGCCACAGUUUAACUCCUGGCUUUGUGAAAUCUCCGCGCAUCCAUCCGCCGUCGGGACUUUUCUAUAGGCUGCCGUUGACGAUAAUGCCUUUGGUGAAAGUUUGGAUGUACAGCUUUAACAGUACAGCGUACAGUAGAUGUGUGUAACUCGAGGCGGGGUUAAAGUUCAGCUCUAUGGAGCGCUGAAGCGUCGCGCGCACUUCGCAGAGUUGGAAAUGUGAAAGCAAGAAGCGAGGCUUUUUUUCCCUCUCUCCCUUCUUCUCUGUCUCUCCUUUUUUUCUCUUUUCAUACACACGGACACACGCAUAUACAUACACUCACAGUCCAUACAUUCACACACACGCACACACAACACAUACAUAAACACGGCGAUUCGUUACAGUUAUCCAAACACACGCCAAAUCCAGGAGUCAAAACCGACAGAUAUGUAUUCUCCGCUAUGCCUAACACAGGAUGAAUUCCAUCCUUUCAUCGAAGCUCUUCUUCCCCACGUGAGAGCGUUCGCCUACACUUGGUUCAACCUGCAGGCCCGCAAACGAAAAUACUUCAAGAAGCACGAGAAGCGCAUGUCUAAAGAAGAGGAGCGAGCCGUAAAGGACGAGCUGCUCAGCGAGAAGCCAGAGGUCAAGCAAAAGUGGGCGUCGCGGCUACUGGCCAAGCUCCGCAAGGACAUCCGUCCGGAGUUCCGCGAGGAUUUCGUGCUCACGGUUACCGGGAAGAAGCCCCCUUGCUGCGUGCUCUCCAACCCCGACCAGAAGGGCAAAAUGAGGAGAAUUGACUGCCUGCGUCAGGCGGACAAAGUCUGGCGCUUGGACCUGGUCAUGGUGAUUUUAUUCAAAGGUAUUCCGCUUGAAAGUACUGACGGCGAAAGGCUGGUUAAAUCUCCGCAGUGCUCGAACCCGGGGCUGUGCGUGCAGCCUCAUCACAUAGGAGUGUCCGUAAAGGAGCUCGACCUGUACUUGGCCUACUUCGUGCAUGCAGAAACAGGGCAGUCUGACAGUCCGAAUCAGCCCAGUGAUAGUGACAUCAAAGACCAGCCUGAAAACGGACACCUCGGCUUCCAGGACAGUUUCGUCACAUCGGGCGUCUUCACCGUCUCUGAGCUCGUGCGAGUCUCACAGACCCCUAUCGCGGCAGGAACCGGACCCAACUUCUCGUUGGCGGACUUGGACAGCUCUUCUUACUACAGUAUGAGCCCCGGGGCUAUGAGGCGCCCCCUACCCAGCACUUCUUCUAGCAGUUCUGCAAAGCGUAUCAAAUGCAUGGAGGACGAGGUGGACAGCCCAGGAGAGGAAUCCUACUACCCGGGUCAGGGACGCUCACCUGGCAGUGGAAGCCAGGCCAGCAGCUGGCAUGAAGUAGAGCCAGCUGGAUAUAAACUGCGUGGCUCGCUAGCUAGUUCGUUCAUCUCAAGACAAGGGAUGCCAUCGCCUACCACAUUAAAGAAGUCAGAGAAGUCUGGUUUCAGCAGCCCUGUGCCUACGCAGACCUCUUCCCCUCGAACGGCAUUCACACACCAUCAUCGACCUGUCAUUACAGGACCCAGAGCGAGUCCUCAUGCCACGCCAUCAAGUCUUCAUUUCCCGACGUCGCCGAUCAUCCAACAACCCGGCUCGUACUUCCCCCACCACGCCAUCCGCUACCACCCACAGGAGACGCUGAAGGAGUUUGUCCAACUUGUUUGCCCUGACAGUGGUCAGCAAGCUGGACAGGUGGGCUUCCUUAAUCCCAACGGGAGCAGUCAAGGGAAGGUGCACAACCCGUUCCUGCCCACCCCCAUGCUGCCUCCACCUCCACCUCCCCCUAUGGCGCGACCCGUGCCCCUGCCCGUGCCGGACUCCAAACCUCCCUCGACCUCCACCGAGGGAGGGGGCAACUCCCCCACCUCGCCAACCUACUCCACACCGAGCACGUCUCCCGCUCAGCGCUUUGUCAGCGUGGGCCCAAGAGACCCCAGCUUUGUAAAUAUCCCUCAGCAGCCUCAGUGGUACCUGGGCUAAAGACUUUUGACACGGACCGGCCGCUCCAGAGGUCUCAUGACCACCCCCACUGUCUCCCCUCAGUACGACCCGCAAAACAUGUACACCAGUCUGAACAGAGAGAAGCCACUUGCUGCCCCAGUACUGGACAGACCCACAGCAUGGCUCCAGCAGAACCCCGCCCAAGCCCUGGAAUCAAGAGGAAUCAAUUCAACUCGCUUACACCCACUUACUAUAUAUCUAUAUAGUCCAUAUGUAUUCUUCCAUAUGUAUGGUUUAUAUGCCUAUAUUCAUAUAUAGUAUAGCUGACCAGCUCUUCUGAGGGUGGAGCUUGAUAAAGAAGAGCUUUGUUUUGUCGGAAACAUGCACGAUUUUUGUUUUACUUUUCGUUGGUUUCGUUGGUUUUGUUCGGUUCACCCUCACAAACAGACAAGGAAAACGCAACACGUCGCAAAUCAAAGAGCUUCCCUCAUCCGUGCCUGAGGCUGAUGAAGACGAGGGGCAAUGAGAGCCAAGCCUCUUCUGUCAAUUCAAACUCAGUGCAGUCUAUGGCCAAGGGUUCGAGCCCACAACCACCUCCAGGCCGGCAAGCUCUGCCUUCUCCUCAAUUGUGUUUUAAUGGAUCUAUCUGGUUUCACACCGGUGAACGUUGGCGGUUGGCGGGCACGGAGGUUUUACCUGGGUCAGAUACCACCAGCUUAAAUCUCAUCCUUGACGACUUCUUUGUGUCUUCUGGCCAGGACCAUUUCCUCCCUUUCCACCACCACCACCAUCAUCAUCUUCAUCAACACCACCAUCUUAAAUCAAACUCAAGGACUCAACAAGACCCUCACCCUCCCAUUCUUUGUGUUGUUUUCUGUCAACUCGGGGCAGGCAAUGAAGAGCUCAUGAAUAGUGAUGUUUGAUCAAUCAGGUCAUUUUACGGUAUGCUAACGUUCGGAAAUGUUUCCUCUCUCGGAGGCAUCUUCACUUGUUUUUCGUAAACCAUCGCGGUUAUUUCUACAAAACCCCAGCUACAGGUCUGUCGCAUGCUGCAGAGAAAACAAAGGGUCGAGUGAAGGUUUGAGCUUCCAUAAACUGAUCGAGGUGAACCGUGAAUAUUGAAUUGAGGAAAGUGCAAUUUCGGUGGAGAGAUGUUGGAUUGUUAAAUAUCUUUGUAAGAUAGAUUGUUGAAGCGAUUGUCGAAAAGUAUAUAUAAAUAUAUAUAUAUUUUUCUUCCUAGUCCGUUCACACCUCCGGGACUCUAAAAUAAUGGGGUACAAAAAAGAAAAACGUAAAACAGAACAAAUAACCUUGUGAGAAAUAAGGGGAGCUAUAAUUGCUUUCAUGUUGUUUUUUAUGUGUUUGUUUGUUUGUUUAUCUUGUAAAUUUGUUAGUAUCGUAGAUCAAAUAUCCCUUUAAGAACUAUCACCAUUUAAACAAUCAUUUUUGGGCGCUUUGAUAGUUUGUUUUUUCAAAACACUAAGAUAAUUAACUUAUUUUAUUGAAGCACAUAGUCUAGGGGGAAAAGAGCCGUUACGGUUUCUUGCGAACCAGAAACGUAAAACGAAAGUGAAAACGUAAAAAUCAACUCCUUCCUUUCUGCCUCAAAGGUCGUCGAAGCUUUUCCGAAAGCUGUCUCAAUGAAGCACUUCACGUUUAUAGUUGUCAAUACUAAGAGUGAAAUUUCGAACAUACUGAAAGGACUUCUCUCCAACACUUCUGGAAGUGUUAAGUAUAAAAAUGUGAAGAUCAAAACCGCUAAGUGAACACAUUCAUACAACAAAGCUUUUCAUUUCCCUGGCAUGCAAUUUUUGAUACUUAAGUUGCUCUAUUUUUUUAUUUACGUUUCAAUUUUAACGUUCGUUCGUUCGUUUCCUAUACAAAGCAUAAAUAUAUACAUAUAUAUACACUUACAGCCGACUCAUCCACCGUCGAUCAAAGCUCAGUAAAGAUGAAAAAAUAAAAUAAAAUAACCUGCAUGUUCUAGUGUUAGUGAUAAAUUUUUACAUAGAUUACGUAGAGUUAAAGUAGUGUGGAAAAAUAUCGUAAUCCCAACAUCAGGCACUUGCCGAUAAAGUAUUCGUUUGAUCCCUUUAAAAGGGAAUUUUUACUGCUGUUCUCACAAUCAGCCAGCUAAACAUCUCUCUGACUCUUCUCAUCUUGUCGUCAUUUCUUUAUUCCCGUCAGAACAAUCAUUUUCAUGUCUCGAGCGUUAUACGAAUUUCAUUUCCGAAACAAUUCCACAUCAAUGUGCCUUGAGCGAUGGUUUAGUUCAGAGAUGUUGCACAAGCUGCAGUGUGGAGAAUAUCUUCUUACCCAGUCACCCCACCUUUCAUUGCGAGUAACUAAGAGCGGCCCUCGAAAAAAGAGCGUUUUCGAAAAGCGAAUUUGUCGUAAAUUGUUCGCGUUAUGGGGCAUACACACCAAACGCGAGUUUAACAAUUUGCGCGAGAUUACAUACAAAGACGUGAUCAGAUUCGCCCUCGCGCGGGGCGAUGCGAAUGGCGCGGCGCGUUUGGCGUGAAAACAUGCGCUAUUCGCCUCAAACGUGUCUUCAUCCAAGUUGAUAUUCAACUCAAGCGAAAAAUUUGCAUGACACGAAGUUAAAUCCCGCGAGUAAUCUAGAGCGAGUAACGCGAUGCCCCGCGUUUGGUGAAUUUGAAAUCGCGCAAUGGAUUCGAGAAGAGAUUCGCACUUAUGAACACUAAUGAUAAUAUUUAAUGUUACUUUGUGAGAUUUACCUGUCACUAUUAUUGGCCCCUUGUCAGUCGUCGUCAGUGUAUUUGAACGAAGCAUCCAAUGCUGUACAAGACCUUAAAUAUAAUCAGUCGAAAGUCAAUCAUUUGCCCAAGUAUUUGUAUGAAAUAUGGGUAAUACUGCGAUUGUGUGUCAACAUUACACUUACAACAUCAAUCCCAUCCCCUCUCUCAUCAUAUUGUUGAUUUAACACUAAUGUAUCUAUAUUUAUGGAUGUUGCUGCAAUUUCUAAAUCGAGUCGACUACUUUUUCUUUUCAGUCUUCCUGUGUUUUGUUUUGUUUUGUUUCCGGGUGAAAAUGAGGAAAAUAAUUGAUAUGCAAUACUUGCUUGCACUCAUGUAUACAUUUCACUUUUUUAUUACUUUAUAUGAAAGAGUGUUGACAGGUUUGAGUGUCUAAACAUCAUAUCCACCAUAAGUAAAUGUGACAUGGAAGAUCGCCGUCAGCCUCACUUGGGUUUCUUUGCGUUUGACGUAUAAAAGACUAUCAGUGUUUUUUUUUUCGAGAACCUUUCGAGUCUUUUUCCGGUCAGAAGCCUUAAACAAGGAAACGUCAUUACAAGCAUCGCAUUUUUGACAAGAGCGAAAACGUCCAGGACAAGAAUAUGCCCACUUUUUGUGUACAUUUUGACAAGUUCCAUGUUAGAUUCAUUGUUUACUUAUUUUUAUUUCUAUUGCUUAUAUCGUUUAAGAAAAAAAUCGAUGGGAACGACGUUCCCGGGAAUCUGAUGUGAUUUGUAGUUACACUUGUAUGGGUCUGUUUUGUUUUCCAGCGUGACAUUUUUUGUCAUUGUUCUUGCCUACCCUAUAGAAAUGAGUUGGGCAUUACUUAAUUGUCUGCACUAAAUAUAAAAUGAUGACAAAAAAAUGAAAAAUCACACGAAAAAGCUUCCAGGGCUUAAAAGAGCGAAGGGAAACAUGAUCGCACGGAAACUUUUAUCUCUCACGAAAGCCGAGCAACGAAUCAACGAAAUUGGCUGUGUGUGUGUGUGUGUGUGUGUGUGUGUAAGAUAAUGACAAAAUUGCACCCUUUUUCAAGAAAGACAAAAAAGAGAAAAAGAAUUUAAAAGCAAUAGUUUGGGCAGUCUGUUUUGUUUUCGUGUCGUGCGUGUAAUUUAGUUUUUUGGUACAAAGUAAAGAUGAUGUGCGAGAUCUGAACAAACGCAAACGAUAGAUAAAAGAGAGUCAGGGUGAGCGCACCCGAGUAUGGGAGCUUUGAUGUUUGUAUAUUGUAUAGUUUUAUUAAUUACACUGAUUUUAAAGCUGCCCUAUUUUAUAAUGCAGGACUUUUGUAACAUUGAUUAAAUGAGGAAAAACUAGUGUUGUGAAUUUCCUGAUUGUUUGUAUUAUGGCCACAUGAAUAGAACUGGUUUGUUUGUCUUCUGGGAAACUGGAUUUAAGUUGAAAACUUCCUGUUUCCUAUAUAUUGUUUUUGUUUUCUUUUCUUUAUUUUUGCUUUUUGUAUGUAUUUAAAGACUUAUUACUUUUGAUGGUAUAGAAGUAUUCCUAUACUUGAAAAGUGUAGGAUGCCGAGGUGAAAACCCCCAUUGUAAAUGGAUGUUACAAGUAUGCUGUAUGUUUUGAAGGUUCUUUGUUGCAUCAGUGUUGAUGAAGCUAAAUCUAGAUCAUUCUGAGGAUGCCGGUAAGAGAGCGUUUUUAUGCAUUUUAAAAUUAGUUUUAGGCAGAAGGUAUUGACAUAGACCGCCAAAGGAUGCCCCUAUUAUAAAUGCAUCUAGGCAUCUUUUUGUGUUUACCAUUCCAUGCAGGAAAAUAAACCGCUUGAUAUGCAACAUGA